AGAUGUAGUAAGAGGAAAAGGAGAAAGAGAUAAAGAUAAACCAAUAAUCCAGCAACAGCUUCGCUCACGAACCAGCCUCUAUUUGUUUCCGUGCUUUCUUUCUACCCACAAAAAAAUAAAACUCCUGCGUGGUUUCGCAUCAUUCCUUUCUUCGUCUUCUUCAGGCAGAAAUGGAGUUCGCAGCAGCGAAAGCGUUGAAACCAAGUUUGCGAAGAGAACUAUCUUUUCAACAGAAAACGUUUUGCGAUGAAGUUUUGUGCUUGAACGGAAGCAACGGCGUCUCCGGUGAAGAUUUCUCGGUGGAUGACCUUCUUGACUUGUCUCACGACGAGUUUCAGCAUGUGCUUGCUGAAAAGGAAAACGAUUUCGAAGACGACGACGAGAAAAAAGACGGUUCCUUUGUUUCGGACGAUGUAAACUCUAACUCCAGCAGCGAUACCGGCACCGGCGAUUCUGAGUCGGGUUUCGCAAGCGAACUCGCCGUUCCGGCCGAUGAUUUAGCAGACCUUGAGUGGGUUUCUCACUUUGUCGACGAUUCUCUACUAGAGUUCUCAUAUCCGGUUUAUUCAGAGCAGUUGAAGGCGGAGAAGCACUUUGCGACGGAGCUUAGACUGGACUUAACGACGGCGAAAACUCCCCGUUUUCCGUUUAAAAUUCCGGCGAAAACGAGGAGCACCAAAUAUCGAAAAGCCAACGCUCGUGUUUGGUCAUCCAGCUUCAUUCUUUUCGUUUCCCGGUCACCUCCAAAGUCUUCCUCGGCUCUCGUCUUCGCCGGGCAACCGCCGGCGAUGAAGCAGAAAAAGAGGAAGCUGAUGGAAGGGGAAACGAGUGGGUCCCAGAUUCAGCGUCGGUGUAGUCAUUGUCAUGUGCAGAAGACGCCACAGUGGAGAACCGGCCCACUAGGCGCCAAAACUCUGUGUAACGCAUGCGGCGUCCGGUUCAAGUCCGGCCGGCUUUUUCCAGAGUAUAGACCGGCCUGUAGCCCGACUUUCUCGAGCGAUUUGCACUCAAACAGCCAUCGAAAAGUGCUGGAGAUUAGGAGGAAGAAGGAGAUGGUUGGUCCGGAGGCCGGUUUGAUCCAAACACAAAUGGUUCACAGCUUCUGAAUGCUUCGAAUUCACAAAAAGAUUGUAGGCAGCUAGUAAGUAAACCGGAUUGAACCCGGUUCGGUUUUUAUACUAUAUUAGUUAACGGUCAAUUUUAAUUAGUGAGAAUCAGCCAGGCAGGUUACAAGUAGGUAUUAAUUAGGAGGAGAUUGAUUGUUUGUAUUACUUUAGAAUUUAGGGAAGUUGAUUUAAAUUGUAUUUGUUAGCGUUAGAGUAAGAGGAGAAUAUAUAUAGAUAAAUGAAUAUAUGUGAGCCUUUUAAUUUCAGCCA